CCCCGCGCCGAGUUUCCUCCGGGGAUCUCCACGCACCCUGCCCGGCGUCCUGAGUCACACCAUGGAGCCAGCCUUCGGGGAGGUCAACCAGCUCGGCGGGGUCUUCGUCAACGGCCGCCCUUUGCCCAACGCCAUCCGGCUUCGGAUUGUGGAACUAGCUCAGCUGGGCAUCCGACCGUGCGACAUCAGCCGGCAGCUGCGCGUCUCCCACGGCUGCGUCAGCAAGAUCCUGGCGCGCUACAACGAGACCGGCUCCAUCUUACCCGGGGCCAUCGGAGGAAGCAAGCCGCGGGUCACCACGCCGACGGUAGUGAAGCACAUCCGGACUUACAAGCAAAGGGAUCCGGGCAUUUUUGCUUGGGAGAUCCGGGACCGGCUGCUGGCCGACGGCGUGUGCGACAAGUACAACGUCCCCUCGGUCAGUUCCAUUAGCCGGAUUCUGCGCAACAAGAUUGGAAACCUGUCUCAGCAGAAUCACUACGAGGCUUACAAGCAGCACCAGGCAGCUCCGCAGCCGCCCCUGCCUUACAACCACAUCUACUCUUAUCCCAGCCCCAUAGCUGCAGCAGGUGCCAAGGUGCCUACCCCGCCUGGCAUGCCGACGAUCCACAGCGCCGUCCAUAUGCCUCGGACCUGGCCCUCCUCUCAUUCCGUCACUGACAUCUUGGGAAUUAGGUCCAUAACAGAUCAAGUGAGCGACAGCUCGCCCUAUCACAGCCCCAAGGUGGAAGAGUGGAGCAGCCUGAGCAGAAGCGGCUUCACGGCCCAGCACGUUGCGGUGAACGGGCUGGACAAGGGCUCCCUCGAGCACGAGACCAAGUACAGCCAGGCACCAAGCUGCCUUCCAACUGUCGGAAGCUUUGUCUCUGCACCAACCAUGGCACCUUAUCCCGCAGCAGCCCAGGUGUCCCCUUAUAUGGCGUACAGUGCUGCUCCUUCUGGCUACGUAGGUAGUCACGGCUGGCAGCAUGCUGGGGGCACCCCUCUUUCACCCCACAACUGUGAUAUUCCAGCUUCACUGGCUUUCAAGGGCAUGCAAGCAGCCAGAGAAGGUAGUCACUCCAUCACCGCCUCUGCACUCUGA